UUUUGGAUUUGUUUGUCUCGCUGCUCGACUUCCUGGUUUACCGGACUUUACUGCCUGUUUCUCGACUACGUUUCUGCCCACUGGUUUGGAUUAUCUGCUAUUAAAUCUGCUAAUGGAUCCUACACAACCCGCCUCCGGCGAUUCAUUACAACUGGAGAGUUUGUAAGAAAAAUACUAAUAUUUUAAACAUUAUGCAUGUUCACAAGAGGAUCGAGUUUAUGCUUAAACGUAAGCGCUUUGUGAAACGUGGUAUAAGCGUGUUGUGAAGCUCGCGUGAGAACCGUGAGACGGUCUUCUGCGCUUCCACGUCACUUCUUGCGUGAGUUUCUCAAUGCACUUACAUUUAUGUCAAGCAUAGACUCAAACCUCGCAUGAACGCGUGUAAGGCAGUUGGCAGGAAGUGAUGGUUUAUAUUUUAAAAAGUUUAAAAUAUUAGUAUUUUUAUUACACAUGCCUAUCAUUUCGCUCCAGAAGACACUGAUUCAUCCAAUGAAGUCUUAUGGAUUAAUGCCAUGAUAGCUGUAUGUGAUUUUUGGAGCUUCAACUUUCUGGUACCCAUUCACUUGCAUUAUAUGGACUCGCAGUUAAGGAUUAUUUUUUUUAUAAAAAACUUUGUUUGUGUUCUUCUGAAGAAAGAAAGUCAUAUGCAUCUGGGAUGGCAUGAGGGUGAGUAAAUGAUGAGAGACUUUUUAUUUUUGGAUGGAGUAUUCCUUUGAUAGAUCAUUGCAGAACAUCACAAGCAGAAGCCUCAAGCAAGAAUUCUUCUCAACACUUGAUCAAGAUACAGCUCAUUUUCUGGAAAUUUUUUUAAUCAAAGAAAGGUGCAGUUGGAAAGAGACUUUGAGUUUCUUGAGCAAAUUAAAUCUAAGGUAAGCUUGUCAAUGCUUCCUUCUUGAAAACUAAAUUCUGUUACUGUUUUAGCUCAACUUUUAAUUGAUAUUUUCUGACUAAUUUGAUGUUCCAUUCUAUGGUAUAAAAUUUUUUGAGAGCACUGACAUCACUGCUAAGUGUACAGCAGGUCUCUGUGGCUUUCCUCUCAUUCUUGGAGAAGAAACCACAGACUUUGGCAAGUAUCCUUCCCUGUAUAUUUCAUUCCAAACUAUAAUGUCCACAGACAUAUAAUCACAUAUAGACUUUAUUAGGAACACCUGUACACCUGCUCAUUUAUGGAGAUAUCAUUUAGCAGCAGUGCAGUGUAAAAUCACACAGAAACAAGAUCAAGGUCAAGAACUUCAGCUAAUCUUCACAUCAACCAUCAGAAUGGGGAAAAUGUGAUCUCUGACUUUAACCAUGGCUUGGCUGUUGGUGCAAGAUGGGCUGGUUUGAGUAUUUCAGAAACUGCCGAUCUCCUGGCAGUUUCACACAGUCUCUAGAGUUUUCACAGACUGGUGCAAAAAACAAAAAAAUAUCCUGUUGUUGAUGAGAGAGGACAGAGGAGAAUGAUCAGACUGGUCUGAGCUGAGGAGAAGAUUAUAGUAACUCAAAUAAGCACUCUUUACAACUGUGGGGAGCAGAAAAGCAUCUCAGAAUGCACAACACAUCAAACCAAAUAAGAAUCUGAGGCUAUCAUGGGCACAGGCUAACCCAAACUGGACAGUUGAAGACUAGAAAAAAUAAUCACCUGGUCUUUUUCUAAUCUUCAGCUGUCCAGUUUCAGUGAGUCCGUGCCCAUAAUAGCCUCAGAUUCUUGGCUGACAGGAGUGGAACCUGAUAUGGUCUUCUGCUGUUGUAGCCCAACCACCACAAGGUUUGAUGUUUUGUGCAUGCUGAGAUGCUUUUCUGCUCACCACAGAUGUAAAGAGUGAUUGAGUUACUAUAUCCUUCCUGGAAGCCUGAGCCAAUCUGGUCGUUUUCCUCUGACCACUCUUAACAAGACUUUUCCACCCAAAGAACUGUCUCUCACCCAUAGUUUUUUGUUUUUCGCACCAUUCUGUAUAACCUGUAGAAACUGUUGUGUGUGAAAUUCCCAGAAGAUAAUCAGUUUCUGAAAUACUCGACCAACAUUCAUGCCACAACCAAAGUCACAGAUAUCACAUUCUUUCUUCAUUCUGAUGUUUGAUGUGAACAUUAACUGAAGCCCUUGACGUAUAUCUGCAUGAUUGGUUGAAUUAUGCUGCUGCCAUUGGCUGAUUAGAUAACUGCAUGAAUGUACAGGUGUUCCUAAUAAAGUUUCUAUGUUUAAUGUAAAUAGGGUUGUAAUAUUUCUGUUUUUAUUAGAACUGUGAUUGUGACACACUACAGAUUUCCAUCAGGAUUCUGAGCACUGAGCAUGGCAAUCUGCUGCUGCUGUUCCUUAACAAUGCGACCCUGUAUCGCUAACAUCUGAUGCCACUAUGCUGCAUCCAUGGUUGGCGAAGUAUUCUGGCACAAAGCAUAAGCAGAUGGAAGUACAAAUAAACAGCAGAACACACAGGCAGAAAAUUCCAAAGUGUAAGGCAAGAGCAUAGUCAAAAAACAGGCAGUGGUCAGGCAAUUAGCAAACAACAGGAACUAGGCAAGGCUUAGGCAAAAAUGUAAAGCACAAAAAAAGAUCUGUAACUAGGAAGACCACUGGAGAGAAUUAGAGAGUGUGAAUUCGCAAGACGAGUGUGGGUUUAGAGUCCUUAUAAACUGUGGUCUGUAUUUGUGAACAGGUAUGUGUAAUCGGUAAGAUGGUGAAUUUGAAUGUUAUAGUCUCUGUUGGUGCUGGGUGUUGUAGUCCAUAGUGGCCGUGUUUGUAGGCUGCGUUGUACUCUGAAUAGUGUAUGUUGAACACCGUUUCUGGCAUUGAUAUGACAUGAAUAAUGUUAAAACGUAAUUGUACAGAGAACUGGAAAAUAUGUAAAAAAAUAAAAAAAAUGUAAAAACUGCAUAAUUAAUAAGCAUUCACCAAAUUCACCAACAAAUAAAGACUAGUAUUUAAUUUUUGAGAGUUCACACUAAAUAUGCCAAACAGCGUACACCUGUGUUAAUUUUAAAUCUGGAAUGUAUCUAAAGCUUAGAUCAUGUGGAAAGUCAAAAUAUGUCCCAAUAUAUCUCAAUUAACACUAUUAACAACUUAUUUUGUAACAUUAUUUUAAAUAGAAUACAUUCACACUAAUUUUUUUUAAUUUUUUUAAAUUUCUUAAAUUUUUUACUCAAUUAUUGUAAUUUUUAUCAGAUUUUAUUUAUUUUUAAGUGAUAAUAACAAGAACUAGAAAUGGUCUUAUUACACCGGUACAGAACUAGGCUGAUACAUAGAGGUCUAUGUUUCAAUCUUUUAUAAUUAAUUUAAUUUUUCUGUUGUCACUUCCAUUAAGUUCAACAGUGGUACAAUCUUAUUUGGACUAGCAGGGUUGCUGAAAAAUGAGCUUGUGGAGGUUGGCCAAUGAGGCGCAAUCAGUGUUUUAGUCCCACCUACUAAUCCACAUCAACCCAUAUGAUUAAAUUAUUCUGUAAAAAUGAUCAUAUGGCGAGUCUGGCCAAAAUCCUGUUUCUUCUGAUAGAGACAAAAAAACGAAAAAGAGUUGUUUUUCCUUUUGGUAUAUUUAAAUUUAAUGCAAGAACCAGUUAAAAUUUGCAUGGACCAAGAAUUUACUUGGUUUUAAAUAAUCACCCAAGGUUUCUUUUUGCACAGCACUUUUCAAAACAAAAUUAUGUCCAUGUUAUCUAUUUAUUUAUUAUGUCAUCUAUUUAUUAUCAAUGGACUUAAGCAAAGAUCCUGCUGAUGGACUGCAGCGACCCAAACUGAUAACGUACUCAAGCCAGAAAUUUGGAGAUCAGCUACUGUUGGUUCGAGCAGUAAGCAUUCUGCUAUGCUUGUCAACAUUUUGUACAUUGUAGUUAUUGUUGAAAAGGGAUUUACUCACAUAACCUUUUGAAUUUCGCAUAAGGCUAGUGCAUCACUCAGACAGCAUAAUGUUAUCAUGUUCACAAGGAAGCAAUGCAGGCAUGGACUGAGUUCAAGUUAAGAGAAAGAUCUGGACAUAGGAUUUUGAAAAAGUUGGACAAAGGACAUUCAAAGGUGGUUCAGGAAAACCAGGAAUACAUGAGAGCAGGCUCUGAAUCAUCUUGCUAUACUGUUUGCCAAAUGAUUGGUUAACAUAGUCACAUGGAAAAUGAUCAGGCCACCAACAGAGGUAACUUUUUGGAACUUUGGAACUUCAGACGGUUUAGAUGCUGAAUCAUUGCAUUGCACUUUUUUACUCAAGUUAGUCAGGGCAUCUGCCCAGGCUUAGAGGUUUGGCAUAAAACGCAGGCACCAGCCUAUUAAUCCCAAAAACGACUCAAGUUAUUUCUUCGUCAUGGGUCAUGCAUUCUUAAUGGCCUCAACCUUUCCGACUUGUGGCCUGACCACCCCGUGUCCCAGCACAAACCCAAGGUAUUGGGUUUCCAUCUUGACUAGGGCACACUUAUCAGGGCAGCUUGUCAGACCAGCAAUUCAAUUUGCAGAAGUCCAGAUAAAAUCAGAGCAUGCCAUCCUUUUUAGGAACCAGCAAAGUGGGACUGCUUCACUCGCUGGUGGAUGGUUCUAUCACUCUCAGUUCCUUCAUGGUGUCUAGCUCCUGCUCCAUCACUGGCAGUAGUCACUCUGGCACAUGGUAGACUGGCUGGUGGAUGGGUUUGGGGUUUUUUUUUAGGAUGAAGGAAUGACAGACCAGGUCUGUUCUAUCCAGGGUCUCCAUGAAGAGCUGAUCAGGUAAGCUCUCUGACAGCUGCUGUCUCUGUUCUUCGGUCAGGUGAUCUAGGCUCAGGGAUGUAUCAGUCUUUGAUCUCCUCUUCCUCUCUCACUGCUCUCAUGAACAUGGAGUUGUCAGCCACUGGAUCUGUUGCACCCUGCACAGGCUCUGCUGGUUGUGCCCAGGCAUGCCAUCUCUUGAGCAUGUUGAUGUGGUAGGAUUGGAAUGGCUGGUUUCUGGAGAAAAUCUUGAUUUCAUAGGUUACUGGUCCCACUUUUUGCUUGAGGGGCCCUGCCAAUUCGCUAACAACUUGUUCUCUGAUGUUGGAAACAGCAACAGGACCGCCUCACCGGGUUCAAAGUUGCGUUUUCGGGAUGCUUUGUCAUACUAUGCUUUCUGUUGGGCUUGGGACCAUAGUAGAUUCUUUUGGGCAAGGGCAGUGGUCUUUUGGAGUUGCUGUCUCAUUUUGAGGACAUAGGUAAUGAUGUUUUUGCUUACUGGAUCUGGCUAUGUCCUCCCAACUCUCUUUCAGGACAUUCAAGGGUCCUCUCAUGGGGUGGGCAUAAAGGAGCUCAAAACGUGAGAACCAUACUGAAUCCUGCAGUACCUCUCGGUAGGCUAACAAGAACAGGACAAGGAACAACAGCCAAUUGUCCCAGUCUUUGCCUGUUUUGGACAAAUUUCUUGAGCAUAGCCUUCAGAGUUUGAUUAAACCAUCCACUCAACCAUCAGUCAGCAGGUGGUAAGGGGUGGUUCACACUAUCUUAAUCCCUAACAGCUGAUAUACCUGGUGUAGUAUACAGCUCAUAAAGUUGAGACCUUGGUCUGUGAGGACUUCUUGGGGUAUAUCUACGUGUGAGAAGAAUUUCAUGAGUGCUGUGGAUAUUUGCUUGGCAGUGGACAAUCUAGUCUAGUUUGUCCUGGCUCACCACAGUCAAAUCACAGGACUUCUUUCUUAACUGUGAGUUGCAAUGUGGGAACAGAUGCUAUGGGUUUAGGGUGUGUGGGCUUCAGGAUCUUAACGUGGCUUUGAGUGUUUGAACUCACCCCGGACCCCUCAGACUUACCUUUUGCAGUUGGCAGAAUGUCAGCGUAAUGGAAGUUCCCUGGAUCCCUCUUUGCAGCAAUAUAGGCAUCUACCAGGUUGACAGCUUGUGCAGCAGUUGUUGGAUUAUGUUCCUUAACCCAGGUCCUCACUUCUGGGUAAAACUCCUGCAGAUAUUGUUUGAGCACAAUAACCUCCAUAAUGUGGGCUUUACUAUUUUGGCUGAACUGGACCCACUUCAGAACAAGUCUUUAAGCCUUGUUCUAGUGGCAACUAAUCUGUCAGGGCGCUUAAAGAAUGAAACCCCAAACAGUAUGUCUUCCUCAGUAUGGUGUCCUUAAGCUGAUCAUAGUCCUGUGUUUUGGAAGGGUUCAUGGUCACAAAAGCACUCCUGGCUUUGCCUGUAAGCAGUGGUAUGAGACAAACUGCCCAGUCUCCCCUUGGCCACUUGCCAGUCUUUCAAAAGUGGUCAAGGGGAAAAGUAAAAACCUGGAGCCUUGUGAAAACAAAAACCAAGAAGUAACAGCACGAUCUUAUCCAGGAAGCAUUCAAACUUAAAUUUGGAAUAGCAGGGAGAAAGCCCUUACUGCUUGCUACAAGGAGAUUAAAAAAGAAAAGGAAUUCAAAAACUUGAGAGGGGGCUAAGUUGGCAAGGCGAGGUCAACCCAGCACAGAGGAAGGAUCAAAAGUACAGCUCUAGUUUUUAAAAUGACCAAGAUACUGGCCAAGUCUCUUGCCAGAACUCUGCAACGGAGACUGAGUGCAUGAGAGCCUGUGUACUACUCUUAAGUAGCGAGGCAGACAGGUGUAGCUCAGUGCUCCUGACUACUUCGGCGCAGUCCUGUACCUCCCUCUGGUGGCCAAAGGUGGCCUAGCCGAAGACACAGCCCCAGGCUGGGCUGUUACAGGACCCCCCUCCAUCCUGCCUGAAGACCCUGAUAAGUACAAAUUGUGGCAUGCAGAGACCCAACAGUGCUCCUAUGUACCAUACCCCUCCCAGUUAAUAAGGUAGAGGCAGGUAUUUGGUGGAGAGCCAGACCUGUUGUCCGAGCCGGAAGGAAGGCCCAGGCCUCCACCUCCAAUCAGCGGCCCAUUUCUGGGCCAUAGAGGCAGCCUGAAGGGCAAUCCAGGCUUUUCCCCAUGCUGGGCGGCAGCGUCGCAUAAUGUGCUCUGUGUUGGGAUCCAUAAAUCAGCCUCCUGCAUUGGAAACAUGGGAAGGGGUAUACCCAAACUGGCAAUUUAAAGGGGACAUACCCAGGGACAAGUGCCACAAGGUGUUGUUAGCAUAUCUGCCCAGAUAAGGUGCUCAGACCAGGAGGAUGGUCUGGAGGAGGCCAGACAAAAUAGAGUCCGUUCAAGAUCUUGUUUGACCUUCUCUGUCUGGCCAUUUGACUGGAAGUGAAAGCACGAUGACAGACUGGCUUGCAAACUGGGGACCUCGGUCCAAUACCGCAUCUGAGGCAGUCUGUGGACCCAGACUACAUGCUGCAGCAGUAGUGUUUUCCAUGCUUCAGAAGAACAAGGGGUAGCUUUAUUGUUCUGGCCAGGGCUACCUGUUAACGCGAUCGUCUGGUUUAAGCGACCUGUGGCCGUCCAAUCCGCGACAGCCGUUUCCAUCAUUCUCCAUCAUUCUCCGCCAAUCCCGAUGCCCAUUUCCAUUAUUCUCCAUCAUUGUCCGCCAAUCCCGUUGCCGCAAAGAUGGAUCUGUGAAUCACAAUGGACAAUCCAAGAUGGAGUCAAAGAUGGACGCGCCAGUCAGAUCGCGUCGGACGCGCCAAUCAAAUCGUGCGCGUCAAAGAGACGUUUCAUUCGUCCAUAUAUGCGGCGUUUCAGCGCGUGAUAGGUAGCGGAUUUCAAAUAGCCAGGUAAGAGAUGUUCCUUCGUGUUUUUCAACAGUCUGUAAAUUUUGCAAAAAAAUAAAUAUAUAUUUAUAUCGCGUGUUUAGGUGUGUGCUUUGAGCGGUCUUUAUUAUGACACGUUACUUUUGUAAUGUUCUAACGCGUAAUUACGUAUGUAUUAUAGUGACUUUUGGAGUUAUUAUAUCUCGUGUUCCAGAACUCGCUUUUAAUUGUGUGCUUUGUUCAAACCUUAUGCUAGCAAGUUUUGGAAUGUUAUGUCGAGCGUCUUCAAUUAGCUUUGGAAUGUUUAUCGUGUUAUUACUUUUAUUAUAUAGUGUUAUAUAGUGUUUGAAUGUUUAUCAUGUUAUUAUUUUUAUAUAUAGUGUUUAUCAUAUUAUAUUAUUAUUAUAUAGUGUUUCCUUUUGUUCGACAAUUUCAUUAAUCAAUAAGUUCAAUUCUUUGCAUUUUAUUGUCCCUUUUAAUUUAUUUAAUUAUUACAUGUUAUGAUUUAAUUAUUAUACAAUUCGACAUGCUUCAUAGACACUGGUCAGAACCUACAUGACCAAACAAAAAAACUAGGAUGGUAAAAAUGGAAAGAAUCAGUGUAUAUUUUUAACAGUUUUUCUAUGAGUCUUUUUUGAAGUGCUAAAAAUGUCCAAGCAAGCCUCAAAAAUCUCACAAGGCCCAUGGGGGACGAGGAGUGGAUGUCCCGCCUUCGGCGGUUGGGCAAAAAUGAACAAACAAAAACACUGGUAAAAAUGGAAGUUGAAAGAAACCAGGUCUGUUUUAAAAUGAUAAUGACUGUAGCAGUUGUACAACUUUAGAAGAGAAAACAUGCCAAUGCAGUAGUCAGUGCAGUGAUGUGGUCAGUGUUUUAUUUUUAACAGUUUUUCUGAGUCUUUUUUGAAGUGCUGAAGAUGUCCAAGCCUCAGAAAUCUCACAAGGCCAUGGGAGACCAGGAGUGGAUGUCCCGCCUGCGGCAGUUUGCCAGCACAGGCGUGUGGCCCUCCGAAGCAGGCAACAGACCUGCUCCUCAUCAGAAGAAGUGGUAUGACCUGUUUCAGAGGAUAGAUAAAUGUCCAGCGCAGGCCCGUGGACAGACGUCCCUUUUUGGCGGAGUACAGAGCUGUCUUUGUGGAUUCCACCUUCCCAGGGGAACCAGUGAUCAGCCUGCCUCCACGUCCGGUGCCGCCCCUACCCCAACCUCUGCCCAGACGACCAGACGACCUCCACUUAACAUAUCAAUGUUUACAAAGCCAUGGUUUGGAGGGACCCACAGUGCUGCAGCCAAGCCUAAUGUAAACAUACCAAGGAGGAAGCUGGGGCAUCAGGUUGUAGAAAGUCCUCAUCAGCCUCCUCCCCACUGUCUGAGAGUGCCAGCCCUUCUCCUUCAGCCUCUGUGACAGCCAGCACUCAUCCUUCCUCCACCUUGAAAGCAAGCUCUUUUCCUCCUUCCACUGUGAGGGCCAGCCCUUCUCCUUCAGAGUCUCUGAGGGCCAGCCCUUCUCCUUCAGAGUCUGGAGAUCCGAUCACCUCUGCUGCUCCCAGUGGUGUGCCGACUUCUGCUCCUCCAGCUCCUGAUGAUGGUUCUGGGUCCGUUUCUUCUCUGCCACCUGAAAUGAGGAAGACGAUACCCUUACAAGAUCAGCGGUGGAUUGCAUCUACACUCUAUCACGGUGGCAGACUUCGGUCAGGCUUGAAGCUCUGGUACGAGCCUCCAGUCCCCUCCCUCAUCUACCACCAGGCUCCAUUACCAGACUGGUUCUUCACACACAGGCUCCUGGUGUGGAUGCCCUACCACCUGUGGAAGGUCAGGCUGUUUUGUCCUGUCUGUGGGAAGCAGCUGACUGGCUAUGGCAUCCAUAAAAGGGCUCGCAGGGUGCUGGACAUCGACAGGUAUUACUUGAUGGUGACAGAGACACUCAGGUGUACCGCUUGUCGUCUGAAUUACAUUUCCACCAGCCAGACUGUCCUGAACCAGCUCGACUUGCCCCACCGGGCACUGUUUCGCGUGAUCUUGACAUACAAGUAUGCAUGUGAUAUUCGUGUCAUACGCCUGCUGAGGGAGAGGACACUUGGAAAUAGCCCCACUAGACUGGCCAGACAGCUAAAGGAGAACCAUGGGGAGGAGUGGCUUCACCACUUGGCCCACUACAUGGAGGAGUGCGCUGUCUUUGCUGACCGCCCCAGCUUCCUCCCUGUUGCUUUUCAGGAGCCUCCGCAACCCAUUGAAGUGCCUACCAGCAAGUGGCUGUUGACCGUUUAUGGGAAGGACAGCAUAAGCCGCCUGGAUCAUAUUAAGGCCAGCAUCACCUCAACAUUUGGGACCAUUUUAAAAAUGGAUUCAACAAAAAAGAUCACGAAGAAGCUGGCCGGCCAUGCCCGGGGCACUGCGCAGUGGAUGUCCUCUGUUGGCAACGAGAGAGGACAGAUACUCAUCAGUGUCCUGACUGCCCAGGAAGGCCCUGGUCUGGACUCCAUGGUGUCAGGCCUGGUCAGCAGGUACCAGCAGGCAGGGGUGGCUCCUCCGGUGCUGCUGUAUGUGGAUUCUGGCUGCUGUAUAGACAAGGGGCAGAGCAAGCUGCAGACCCGUUUUGGAGGAUGGCCUGACCUGAACAUCAGGCUGGACAUCUGGCACUUUAUGCGGCGACUGGCGACAGGGUGCUCUACGGAUGCUCAUCCCCUCUACCCAACCUUCAUGGCACGUCUGUCGGCGUGCAUCUUUGAGUGGGAUCCGCAUGACGUUGCUCUUUUGCGUCGGGCGAAGAGAGAGCAGCUGGAGGACGAAAGGCUGCCUCUGAUCACUGAUGACCUGGUGAACAGGCGCAUUUCAAAGAAGGAGCUGGCCCUCUACUGCCGUCAGAGGACUCGUGGAGUGGAGACCACAGUUCGCCUGAUUGACCACCUCCUGCAGGAGCUGAAAGAGGAAAAGGGGAGAGACCUUAUGGGUGUCCCUCUGCUGGACACGGUGAGGAUGGAGCACAUAUGGCGUGUUCAGAAGAGGCACGUGAAGUGCAUCCAGGACGUGCCGGGUGUGUCUCUCUACACCGAGACAGGCACCACCACCACCAAGGGAGGGAUAGUGCUCACCAGGUACAGGUGCGCUAGGGGCUCAACAUCACUCGAGUCUUUCCACUGCCACAUGCAAAGGUUCAUUCCAGGAACCAGCGCAAACACCCUGAAUUUUCAGCUCUAUCUCCUGGAAGGCCUGAACAGGUGGAACCAGGACCGGGCAGCAGCUUCCUUGGCCACCAAGCUAUCCUCUCUCCUCACCUAUGCAGGGGAGGUGGUGCACUGUAUAAACACAAACAGUCUGAAGGUGUUCGGGAGGAAAUACAUUCCCAGCUUCCAGGCCCCUUCGAAGUACACUGGGGAGCUUAUCGGAGUGGACUACCUACUCGCUCAGACUGGACAGCCGCUUCAGAGGGUGGACCCAGAUGCUGAGGCAACAGACCAGCUGCUGGAGGAAGUUAAUGUCGAGGAGCAGGAGGAUGAAGGAUUUGAGGAGGACCUAAGUGAUGAUCCCACCUUGGCCUCAUUGCUAGAAGAUCUGACAACAACUGCCGCCAGAAUUCACCCUGCUGCUUCCUCCGCCCCGCCAGCCGCCGCGUGUUCUACCGCCCCGCCAUCCGCCGCGUCCUCCUCCUCCUCCCAGCCAGCCGCCGCAUCCUCCUCCCAGCCAGUCGCCGCAUCCUCCACCGCCCCGCCAUCCGCUGCGUCCUCCUCCCAGCCAGCCGCCGCAUCCUCCUCCACCCCGCCAUCCACCCCGUCCUCCACCGCCCCACCAGCCGCCGCGUCCUACUCCGCCCAGCCAUCUGCUGCGAGCACUGAUAUGUCUACAACUCCACCUGGUAUCAGUGCUCCAGAUUCUCCCACUCAAGUGCCUGAGGAGACUUUGGCUGUGGAUGAUCAAAAUGUGCCAGGGAUGGACCGGGUGGACAGCCUGGCAGAUUAUCUGGUGGAGAUGAGGCAUCAAACUGGUCUAACCCUCAGCAGUCAGCAGGUCAGUGAAAUUGUGGCCCUCUGGCAGAACCUGCUGGAUUUUGACAAGCAGCGGGUGGUCUUUGCUGCCAGACACCAGGAAAGGUUGACCACAGGGAGGUUUCGGUCUCCUAAAAAGAAGGCCGUUUUCACUCCUGGGGUAGAUAGUCUGAAACGGUGUGUGUUGGCAUCGACAGCUUCACCCGCCCAGUGGCCAGACUGUUGCCGGCUCGUGGAGGCCAUUUUCAUCAGACUCUGCAGGAUUCACAAAAAUCCGAGGAGGAAGGGCAAGGGCUCCCUGACAAGAUGGUCUCUAAUCCUGCACGACUACCGCAGGAUCCGGCAGCUGAUCUUGAACAAUGGGGCCAUCAUACAGAGCACCAAUCUGCAGCUGGUGGAGGUGAAUCAGACGACUCUGGUUCAAUGGCACAAUGAGAGAGUGAAAAGGCAAGACCUGACUCUCUUGUUGCAAGGAAUGGAUCUGCCUGAUCCUCUUCCUGUUGCCGCUGAGCCUCUGCAAUCUGCCAGCGCUCGUCCGGCUGCACCACCAUUGCAAGGGCAAGGGCAAGAGCACGCGUACAGCUUGCCACACAACACGGUAGGGCAAGCCAGACAGAAGAGGUGCAUCACCUCCACGUCCCCCCCAGACCCACGUGAGACAGCGAGACCAAAGCUGGCACCCCAAAGACAGUUGCUUCCUCGACCUCCAGGCGCUUUCGUCACACUUGCUCCCCACCCUAGCCCCACGUACACCGUGUUUGUGGUCCCUGGACCCCCAGCCACCACCACUCCUCAGCCCAGCAGCACUCCACCUUCUGUAGCGCUCCAGCCACCCCAAGCUAGCAGUAUUCCUCCAGCUUCGGCUGUCCAACCACAAAUGCCACGUCGACCACGUGCGUAUACAAGAAGAGUGGAGGCGAAUACUUGCAAAAAAAUGUGGUCGCCACAGGACAGCGGAGACUGGACAUAGCCAGUAUAAGGGCACUAUUUACUGUCCGAAUACUGAGACUCUAACAAAAGAGCAGUGGCUGGAACAGAUUAAGAAAAAAUAGGUUUUAUUUCUUUACACAGUUAUAUGUAUAUAUUUUAUACGUAAAUAUAAUGUUUAAAAUACUUAUAGUUUUUUUUGUUGUUGUUGUUGUUUAUAGUCUUAUAUAGUUAUACUUUAAUAUUUUACUCUUUUAUAAUAAUUUAUCACUUGUAUUUAUUGUUAUGGUGCGUGUGUUGUAUUAUAUUAUGCUUGGUGUGUUUGUUUAUUUAUUUAUUUAAAAAUACAGUUUUAUUGUUUAUA